AUAGAUUUUAAUCCGAUUCGUUCGUUCUGGCGAUGGUUGCAAGCUGAUUCCACCAUUUUCUUGACGUUGAUUUUUUCUCUCUGUUUCCUUUUUCUCAUGUUUUUUUUCUCUCACUCUUUCUCCCGUUCCAUUCUAAUCAGUUCGAACGACUGACGGAUACACGGACGCUUUGAACUGGAUCCAUCGUAUCUUCCCGGUCCCAGGGAUCGCUCGUCUACACCAUUGCCGCCAGUGAGGCUUCGGGCAAACAUCAUCGGGCAAAAACCUUGAUGCCAUCAUUAUCAACCACGUUGAUGGUACCACAGAUCGUUCGAUUCGAUAACGACAACGCCCUACCCGGGGCCGUUAUCAAGCGCAGAAGCUACCUUGCAGAGCAGUACCGAAAUCUGACUAUUCCGGCCACCCGGAUCACCUUAUCACGCCCGGGUCAACACACCGGCUACCGUCACCACCACAAUCACCAUCCUUAUCCUCAUUCUCUACAUCAUCUUUCGCUUCAUCCAAUCGUUUCGGGCUGAGCUUGUACCACCUGCCAACAUCCGGGCCCGGUCCACCGCACCGGAACGCUCGCGGCAGCGGACGGUUCGUCCGUUGGACAACCGAUCCCACCGGGAGUGUGCAGAGGCUUGCACCGACGACAGUGACAGUGCCACCCGGUGAACCGUCCAGGAAACGACACAAACACGACGACUGCAACGGCGACGUGGAGGACGUCGGCGACGUUGCGUGUAGUGCGGCGCCAUGCGUCGCCGGAAGCCGAUCGAAGGCUUCAUUCUGUGCGGAGUUUUCUUCUGGACAAUAAUCGCCCAUCUCAUCUCGACAUGUUUGGCAAUCCAGCUCGAGGAGCGGAUGGAGAUCGUGCGCAAAGUGCUGAAGGAAGUGCCUUUAAUCGAUGGUCACAACGAUCUACCGUGGAAUAUACGAAAGUUUCUCAAGAAUCAGCUACGCGAGUUUCGAUUCGGCGAAGACCUGCGCGACAUCACGCCCUGGUCGACGAGUGCCUGGAGUCAUACGGAUCUGCGGCGCCUGAAGGAAGGCAUGGUUUCAGCACAGUUUUGGUCGGCCUAUGCGCCUUGCUCGUCGCAACAUUUGGACGCAGUGCAAUUAACGCUGGAGCAGAUCGAUCUCAUCCGACGGUUAGUAAACCUUUACCCACAGCACAUGGCCCUGGUAACGACUGCCGAUGGCAUCGAAGAGAGUCAUCGAUCGGGGAAGUUGGCGAGUUUGAUCGGGAUCGAGGGUGGCCACUCGAUCGGUACGAGUCUUGGGGUGCUGCGGACCUUCUACCAACUUGGUGCGCGCUAUCUUACGCUCACCCACACCUGCAACACACCGUGGGCGGACUGUUGCAAAGUUGAUGAGCAGGGACGAGUGCCCCACAUCGGAGGGCUGUCCCACUUCGGUACGCUCGUCGUGACCGAGAUGAAUCGGCUCGGCAUGAUCGUGGACCUGUCGCACGUAUCCGUACCGACGAUGCUGGAUGCGCUGGCCACCUCGAAAGCUCCAGUCAUCUUCUCGCACUCUUCCGCCCAUGCCAUUUGCAACAGCUCGCGCAACGUUCCGGACCAUGUGCUGAAGCGAAUCGCCGUCAACGGUGGUCUGGUCAUGGUUGCAUUCUAUCCCCAUUUUGUGAGCUGUGGCGAAAAAGCAACACUCAAGGAUGUUGUCGCUCAUAUUAAUCACAUCAGAGACGUGGCAGGAGUGGACCAUGUCGGCAUUGGUGCCGGGUAUGACGGGGUGAAUUUAGUACCGCAAGGUUUAGAGGAUGUCUCCAGGUAUCCCUACCUGUUCGCAGAACUGCUAGAAUCAGAACGGUGGACCGAGGAGGACAUAGCGAAGCUAGCCGGUAGAAAUCUUAUACGAGUUUUCCGCCAAGUGGAACAGGUGCGGGAUCAGCUCGAAGCACAGGGUAUGCUUCCCAUCGACCAAUCGAUACCACCGGAAGAUAUUCUCGGUCGCUCGUACUGCCGCUACUCGGGGCCGCGUACGUGAUGAAGUGCCACCGCCAGUUCCGACGACAACCACACCCUCACUCUUCCACACACCAUCGAACCAAUCCACCAGAACCGUCGGGCGCUCGCGAAUGCCGAACACUGGACCAUUACUACUACCGCUGCUGCUACAGACGGCUGACGGCUGAUGUUGCGUUUGCACGCCUAAAGGUAUGCAGCUCGAGCGCACCAAACCGAUGGCGACUAGGACGAACCAGCGUGUAGCCGGUUCGCCAUUUUAUUGCAUAUCGCUCACUAACUCACUAGUAACUCUUGUAGUAAGCCAGACACACACGGGCGUCACGUAACGCGGAGGGCCAACGGAUAUUCCCGGCGACCGGUUUAUUUAUCUUUCGAAAGCGUAUUUUUAUUUCUCUCUCCUCCGACAGCACCAAUGGGACCACCCUUCCCAGCUGGUCCAGGCGCAGUUCGCGAUUGCUAGUGGAGAUGAAACGAAUUGAACGAACGUACGCUGUGUGACACGGUAGUUUGUCCUAAGAAUUUUAGACCUCCCCCAGGAGCGAUAGUCUGUGCCCACCGUGCGGUUGCGUUCUUCCAGUGAGCCGGUAUUGUACAGAGAACCUUGAGCACGGGUAUCGUUCAGCGGUAUCGUUUACUUCGAUUUUCGAGAUUUGAUGACGGAGUAUGUUGCCGUUUGAUGUGGUAGCUUCAUUUCGGUAAGGUAGACUGUAAACUAAUGGUAGCACAAACCCCUGUACAUACACUAUCAUCUAGCCAUGAUACACACUACAACGGAACGAAACGGUUUAAUGCGAAUUUGGGGGGGUGGGACGGAGACGCGAUGGGCACAGUGCCGAGUGAAGAGUUGUUUUAAAGUUCUCAAACUUUACAAGAAUAACUUAGGUACGGUUUUUGUCUUCCUGAGUUCAUUUUCUUUUCUUCUCUUCCCAACGUGAAUCAAUCAAUCAGCUGCUCAGCGAAUGGAACUGCAAUCGAUCACUUUCCCCCACUGUCUUGCACCUGGCACACACUCACUCACACAAACACACGAAAAAAACACUUCUUUUCUUUGUUCGUUUCUCCACUGCACAACACUAUGGAGAACCAAAAACUCGUCAAAUCGAAAUGUGAUAUAUUUAUAUUGAAGCCCAGCUUAACAACAACAAUAUGUGCAACAAUCAACACGAAUGCUUUUUUUUUGUUUAAGUUGAUUAACAUUACUUCAUAACGAGAACCUCCCCGAUCAUUAUCAUAAUAUUAACACAAGUCCUGUGAGAUUCUACAGCAUUUGUGAAGUGCAAACGUUAAUCCCUUUACAAACCAGCGCGCCAUUUUUCCGCUGUUUUCCCAUCUGAAUGCAUUUCAGUUCUGUUUCUGUUGUUCAAUUACACACACACAUGGACCCCACCAGUUCACCAAGGUCUGGCUGUAAAUUGCAUGGCGCUCAUGUAAAACCCCACACCCAAACCCAAUCUGUACAUAUGCGUAGUAGUGUAAUGGAUGCCUCAAUUCGGGUCACAUUCUCCUUCUACUUCCCACCCCUUUUCCAAAAUCCCGGGGGUAAAUUAAUUCCUUUUUAUCACCCGUGUACUACUCACACACACACUCGGAUGGUUCACCUGACCGUGGUGUGUGUGUGGAAGCACCAUUUCCAUCCAUCAUCUUUAACUAUCAACCAUCAACCAGCGACCAAGCAGACUGGGUGGAAUUCAUAAAAAACGGGGGUUUUAUAAUAAAACAUAAACACAUUAAAUCACCUGUACGCUUUCACCCUUACAUGUGUGCAAAACAAUACCAAAAAAAAAUAGAGUGAAAACCCUCCCAAUGCCGUUUGUUUGCCCCAUCUCGCUUCGUGCAGUACCAAUGGACAGCUGAUUGAUUUAUCACGCCACAAUGAUUAAAACAGAUUUAUGCCUCACAAGAAUGGGUCAAAGAUCGUGGUGCGUGUUGUUUUUACUUCUUAUUUUUUCGUGUUUUCCUCCCUGCAUUCGACACACACGCAUCACCCCACGCAUUUACAUUGCAAAUGGGGCGGAUCAUAAAACUGUACUGUAUUUAUGAAGCGAAUCAGAGUCGGUUGCGGUUGUUGCGGUAAUGCAUAAAACAUCGCUUUUAAUUCAAUUUGUUCACAUUUUAUUGAUUUUAAAAUUUAACAACGAUGUUCAUCAGACAGCAGUUCGAACGCUGGCGGGACAAUUGGAGAUCGCAAUUGAUUGUGGGCUGCGUUUGACGCAGGCAAAAUAUUUAGAACAGAUCAAACAAAAUGAACAAUGCUAAUAGCGACUAUGCGGAUAGUUUGUAAUGUAGCAUACUUUGAACAAAUUCUAGAUGAUCGCCAUGCCACACACACGUUCGUAUGUGUGUGUAAACGGACAGAAAAAAAAACACACACACACCCAAAAAAGCGUUGUAUUAUAUGUAGUGUAUUGUUAAAUAACAAUAAUACGGACGAAUGAAUUUAAUUACUAGAACGGAAAACACAAACAAAACUAACUCUCCUGCAACUAGGCUCUUAGCUCGUACCACAAUCAGUAAAUCAUAGUGAACGAUAAGACAGCUGGCCGAUAAUCGGUUGGAAUAAAAGGGAAACAAAACACACACAUACAGAGAGACUCACCAUUGCCACGUUUCGUUUUCCGUCAUAUCCGACCACAUCACUCAUUUCCACCACUGAUUUCCACUGAAUGCCAAAUGAACAAGUUCGUUUUGUAGUAAUUAUGCUAAGCGAAGGAAAAUAUUACAAACGAGAGAGAGACCAAAGUAAAAUGUUUUGUGUAGAGCGAGAGAGUGUACAAAGCAAAUUAAGACAGGAAAAGCUAGGAAAACUAUGAAGUAUAGAAAAAUACCAAAGCUAACAACCUUCUUGAUGAUUGGGAAACGAGUGGAAAACUAAUGAAUCGCGACAGCUAGGAAAGAAAAUAUAAAAGGAAAGUUAAUGAAAGCAAACAAGAGUACACACAAACAAAACAACUGUUGGUUGGGUUGCAGGAAUGAACGGAAAAACAAGAAGCUAUAAAUAAAUUGUUUAAUAAACAUUUAAAAGUCACAUCAA